GUCCACAAAAGUAGCCGAGGCUCAUCGAUUGAUAAAGAGUUGAUAAAGCCUGGUAGUAUUCUCAAAUCUAGGCCAAUUUUCCCCAUGCCUCCAGUAUUAGGAAAAACUCCCAAAAAUGUCCCAAAGAUCAACAAAAAGUCCCAAAAGAUAGUUGAAAAGAUGGGCAAUAGGUAUAAAGGAUACAUGAACUCCCACCCCAGCACUCACAGCACUGAAACUCCCAACACAAGCAGGCCAACAUCCCACAAACCCAUCGAAGAAACCCUCAAGCCAUCCAUCAACAAAAAUUCCAAAAUAAAGCGUAACAUUCGCGAUAUCUCCAAGCGAAAGUACCCCUCCACCGCUCACUCCCAGCUAAAUCUCCCCUCUAAAGUACUACCAAGAGAAGAAAGUAAGCUUUCAGCUUACUUUCAUAAGCACUUGGCUGUACAGGCAGAGAAGGAGACAAAGCUUGUAGAAGAAAUGGAGCGGUUGAAGAAGAAAAGGUACAGGAGUUUUAAGUCAGAGAGACUGGUGAAGGGGAGAAUGAAGGAGAGGGUGGAAGAGAGGCUGUUGAGGGAAGGCAGAUUGAGAGAUCAGAGGAGGGAGAUGAUGGCUGAGGAGGGGAGGAGGACUGAGAGAGGGAAGAGAGAUGUGAUUGAAGGGGAUAGGAAGAAGCAGGAAGGAAGAAAGGUGUUCAACAGUGAUUUUGAUGAGAAAGUGUUAAAGAAUGAUCAGAAGUGAGAGAUGAGUGCUGGAAAGGAUGAGAAUAUUCCUAGCUUAGCGAGUUAUCAUACUGAGCCAAUGAAUUACCACUCAAAUGCUACAUUAAGUCCUUCCAGCGAAAAGCCUCUAACUUUGUCUCAAAUUGAGAAUUCAGCUAAAAGAAAUAAGAUCUGUACCAAAUAUUUGACUGCCAAAAGAAAUGAAUUUCAGAAGCUCUCACCAAGACUCCCAACAGCAUUAGAUUUCAGAAAAGGGUUUGCCUGAAAAUACUUUACUCAGACAGACCAACUCUCGACUCAGAACAAGCAGUCAUUUGGUGGAACGAGUCUUGUCUCCCAAGCUGAGACAAGCCUUAAGGCUAUCAGCCAGUUGGAGUGUCAAAACCCCUUAUCGCCUAUAAACCACUCCUCUGAAGAACCAGAGAGGUACAGAGCCAAGCACAACAAGUCAGUUGAUGAUGCUAAUGCAGCGAUUAUGGCAUGUAGCCCCCACCAUGACUCUACGAGCGUGUAUUACCAAUCCCUGUUUUCUAAAGUUGAGAAGAAGGCUAAUUUGGGGAAGCACAAGCAAUCCCGAGCUCAACUACCUAAAACUAUAGUAAGUCCGAAGGAGAGCAGGCAAAAUUCAAGGUUUCAGGCUAGAAAAUGCGCAAAUCAGACUGUAGAUAUUAAAUCUGGGAUCGGUUCAGCUAAGAAUUUUCCUCCUGAUCUCUUCUGCCACCCUCUCUAUGCAAGGAGAAAUAAGGAUGAGUCGUCUGAAGGAACUCAAAAUAUUACAUGUGAUGAAUACCAGAUCUAUUACACUUUCCAUGAGCCUGAUAGUAAAAAGCCACUGAUUGAUCCUAAAUAUGAAGCAUCAAUUUCAAAUGUGCAUCUAAGAAACCAGGAUUCUGCAGGUGAAAGUUUUCCAUAUAUCCAAACAGAUUAUCAAAAUCUACAUGGGAAAACACUUAAAGAAAAGAUGGGUGACUCAAUUGUGGUAAUCUCCAAAGGAUGUCUUAACACAUUUACCUCUAAAACUCAGAGAGCAAAAGGUUUAGAGCCUGAUUUGAAAUCAGAGAUGAUCACUCAAAUUCUUGAGAAUGACCAGUUUCGUACCUCAAAGCACAGUAGUCUUAAUCAGAAAAAUGGUCCAAAAACGGCCAAUGACCAGUUUUUUGUCAAGAAGGUUUCUCAAAAUCGGCCCAGAAGUAAACAGAGUGUUGUGAACGAAACUAACAGCAGGAAGUCAGCAACCGGAACUCAAGCUAGAGAGGCUCAAAAAAGCUAUUUGCUGGAUAACACAGCAGGUGCAGUUCCUAAGAGAACUUCCUCAAGAACCGGAUCUGGUGAAAUGAGAGGAAUUCUACCUAAAAUUCUCCAUAAUUCCAAACACACAGAUGACUUCAUGACUAGAAACAAGAGGUGGGUCGAACAGAAGAAGAAAUAAGCAAAGGGAAACCAAAGAAAUUCAGGAUAAAAAGAAGUUACAGGAAUGCACAUUUAAGCCAAAAACAUUAGCCAAAGAAUAUAUGAACAGGAAGAAAACUGAGAAGUUGAGAAGUAGAGUCUCUAGGUCUCUGAGCCCACAGAAGAUCAAGAUCUCAGACCAGUUUGACCUUUCUGUGCUGAAGAAAGCUAGGAUGAGAGUUGAGCAUGCCGAUCAGGAAGACCGCUUGAUAGGUCAAGCUUCUCCUAAGAAUAUCCCACCCAGUGAGGUCAAGGAAAGUCAGGGUGAGUCCUGUGCUAGUGAUAAGGGCAAUCCUACUGAUGAAAAGCUCAAUGAGGCGAAACAGCUACAAAGUGAGGCUAAAAGAGAUAUAGUCACUUUGAACUUAAGUCAAUCUCCCAGGAUUCAGCACAGAAUCCUUAGUAAGCCUGAUACUACAGAGUUUUUCAAAGAGGAGCCUACACAAAGACAAAAGUUAGGCGAGCUUCCUUCAGCAAAGAGGCUAAUAUUUAACCCUAAAAAUGAAGAGGCUAAAGAGACAACCGAAAAUGAUCAAAACUUCAAUGAGGAGAAUUUCGAGUCUCUUAUUGUUGAAAAGGAAAACAAGACACCAAAUCAUAAUCUUGUGGACAACAGACAAAGAACUGCCAUCUUCAGUGAGCAUCCUGUGAGGAAAGAAAGCUCUCCUUUUGCCCUUAGCAUGGCUGAUAGCGGACAGAGCUCCCCAAUGGACUAUGAAGUCAAAGAAGAAGUAGUUGAAAUUGAAGCAGAUGACUCAGGCUUUGAUGAUUUUGAUGAAUUCGAACAAACAGACAACCAAAAAGACUUCGAAGAGUACAAAAUUGAAGAUUUUAACAGCUACCUAAACCUUGAGAAUGAUGAAGAUUCAUUUUCAGUAGAGUCAGAGCUGAGCAUUCCUGUUGAAAAUGCUGAUACGCAUUUCUAG